UUCCAUGCGUUUCAUUUAGGAUUAGCGACAAGUUCUAACAAGCAACCAACCGAACACUUUCGAAACCUGACAGUUGGAAAAUUAGUUUGCAAUGAAGCAAGUCGCGCCAAUUUUUCUCUCUUUCUAAAGUAAUAACGGAUUUUCACUAUAAAUGUUAGAUUAUUUCGCACACAUUGAUUAGGGUAAAGUUUUUAAGUUUUUGGAAUAAUUACUUAACAAAAUGCAUGCGAAAUCGAAAUGGGCGAUAUUUAAUAAACGCUACCGCAGGCAAAUUCUCGCCACCCUGACAGAACAUAUUAUGACCUUCGCUCAUGCAGCAGGUCUCGGUUGGCUCUCACCCACAUUGAAUAUUCUCCAAUCUCCCGCUUCUCCGCUGGAUUUUCCAAUCACUACUGAGAACGCUUCCUGGAUUGGUUCGACUUUUGGUUUGGGUUUCAUAGCAGGAAAUGUGUUCUUUGGACUCACACUGGAUCGCUUCGGUCGCAAACUGAAUAUCUACAUUUUGGCGUUCCCGCAUAUGAUUUUCUGGAUACUCAAUUACCUGGUGCAAAGUGUCGAAUAUUUGUAUGUCGGUCGUUUUUGCGCUGGACUUGCCAGCGCUGGCAUCUUCUUAGUUAUACCGGUCUAUAUAAGUGAAAUAACGGAUAAAGACAUACGCGGUGCUCUUACAGCCAUGGCUAUGAUGUUUUUCAGCACCGGUUUGCUGUGCGGUUACAUAUUGGCGACCUAUCUCGACUACUACCUAAUACCCUGCAUCAUUAUCGUGCUGCCUAUUAUUUACCUCGUGGGAAAUUUGUUCCUUCCAGAGACACCACAGUGUUUAUUGAAGCAUGGUCGUGAGAAGGAGGCUGAAUUGUCCUUCAACUUCUAUAAAAAUAUUGAGCCACAGACAAAUGUAGAAUGCUUUGCUACACAACCGUCUGUGGCCAUUAGUGAAUUCAAAGAACUGAAGGCUGCUAUUGAGCUUGGUGGCCUAUCAGCGCCCGUCACACUCAAGGAUUUCUUUAAUAGAUCUACACUUUUCAAUUUCUUCACUGCCGCCAUUUUGUGCUUACUCAAUCAGCUGUCUGGCAGUUUUGCAAUUAUCAAUUACAUGGCGAAUGUGUUCGCCGCAUCCGGUUCGACCAUCGACCCAAAUGUUAGCGCCAUCGUAAUGGGAUUCGUACAGAUAUUGGGCUCGCUAUCGGCUACGGUGUUGGUCGAACGUUUCGGCCGUCGACCUUUACUUCUGUCAUCAGCCGUCGGCAUGCUGGUGGGCAUGUAUGGUUUUGGUGCAUUUGUGCAAUUUACCGACGAAGAAACGAAGGCCGCCUAUAACUGGGUGCCAAUCGUAUUCAUGAUGUUAGUGGUAUUUACGGCUUCUUACGGAGUUUUCGGUAUAUUCUUCACCAUUAUCGUUGAGAUGCAUCCGGCGAAGAUCCGCGUCCAGGCUUUAUCGAUUUGUAUGCUAUUUAACAGCAUAUUGGUGUUCAUAACAUUGAAGCUGUAUCCAUUUUUCUUAUUUAAUUUGGGUAUUACCGUUACAAUGUAUUCAUGUGCAAGUGUUUGUGUGAUUGCUGGUAUUUAUCUGUACAUUUUUCUACCGGAAACGAAAGGCAAAUCAAUGGAGAAGGAUUAGAUACUUUUAUUUAUCAGUGUGUAUGUGUAUUUUCUUAACUCUUAAGAAAUGUAUAUUACUAUUUCUCAAAAUUGAAUUCAGACUUUAAGUUUGCUUUUUGUAAAUUAAACUUGAUUUAAAUCUUAUUCAGCGCCAAACCUCACUCUGUUAAGAAUACACCAAAUUUUUUAAAAUAUCACAUCUACUAAUAAUAAGAAAUAACUGGAUAAAAUC